AUGUUGUGUCCAUUCACGUCCUUCAUUGUGCUCUUCCGAAAUGUCAUCACCGAUCUAAACAUUGACGACCUAAAACUCCUGGAAGAUUUCGUGGCGUCAAUUGAAUGGCUCAACGACAAAACCCACCCCGAACCACUUCAGCGUUUUCAGCAACUCUGCUAUGCCUUCUACACUCUUGCUAAACACUUUGUGGCCGCUCGAUUGCGUGCAGACAAUGUACACCAAACUACCGCCAGUGCAAAUCAGAUGCAUCUGAUGAACAUCUUGCACCAGACAACUAGCUUCGAUCAACCGAUGAAUGCUUUGGCGUUCCCUGAAGACUUCCAGACUUGGAUGGAUACCAAUAUGGACUUUAUGAACGACAAUUGGUUGGCUUUUGGAACGCUCUGA